CUGAGUGCAGUCUGUUUUUGCUGCCGAGCUAAUAAUAUAGUAACCGCUGACAUUUCUGCCUCCGCUUCUCUGUCCCUCUGCAGCUGCAUCGCCUUUUUACUUGUCUUAAUUUUAUGUUUUAUUUCUUGCUGGCGCGUUUUAUUUCCGACCCUCCUUCGCUUCAGUGCAGAGCUAUUACUGUAUCCUACAGAUAAAUAAGGAACUCUUGGCGGAAAACACGGAUCCAACAAGCUUAUUUCAGUCGACGUUGAUUUGAAAGGAAGCAUUUGAUCGGUUUGGACUGAUAACAGUGAGACAACAAGCAAAGACAUGCAGCGGAGAGGUCAGUGAAGAGGAUGACAACAGAGAGAAUGGAGACGGAGGGAUGAGAAGUAGACUCAAGUAGGAGGAAGAAGCAGGACUCCAAAGUGCCUAGAGUACGGUUUUGUCCUACAACAGGAGAGAGGUCUCGGCAUGCGUUUGGCCUUGAAUGGAGGCUAUAUUUUGUUCUGACAGCCACAAAGUCAUCCAUCCCACGUUGCUGAGCUGCAGUCCCCACAUACCCAGAGCUGAGCUGCAGCUUUGUCUCAUCAGUACAAGGACAUUUAGGGAUGUAAGGUUCUGCUUUUUUCUCUCUUUCUGUCAGGGAACAACAACUACAAUAGAGCUACAGUGACUUCCUCUGCUCUCACCCUGUUGACAUGAAUGUAAAAAUAACGUAUUGUGAGUUUGAGCUUUUAGGCAUAUCUAAGUGGACUUUAGUGAUGUUUUCUGAGCUGUUUUUUUUUUCUCUUAAGACAGAGCUGGUCUCUGCUCACAGUUAACCUCCGUUAUCUUCCCCAGUGAAACUUCAACUGACAAUUUUCCCAGGAACAGCUAAUAAACAUUCCCCUAAAACACACCAGUCAAAAGGGACUUCCUACCUAUUUGCUCUGAAGGAAAAAUAUUUUUGCUUUUUGUUCCCAAGGGGAUUUUUUCUGCUCUUGAAUCACUAUUAGUCAGCCCUGCUCGUAUUUUUUCCCCAUCCACUCACUGCUCAGUGUCCGUGAGCGUCUCAGAUGGCUGUCAGCAUGACAAUGGGACGAGACACCAAAUGGUUGACCUUGGAAGUGUGUCGCGAGUACCAGAGAGGCACCUGCUCGCGGUCCGAUUCCGACUGUAAGUUUGCACAUCCCUCCCGGAGCUGCCAUGUGGAGAACGGCCGAGUCAUCGCUUGCUUUGAUUCGCUCAAGGGCCGCUGCACACGAGAGAAUUGUAAAUACCUGCACCCUCCUCCGCACCUGAAAACUCAGCUGGAGAUUAAUGGAAGAAACAACCUGAUCCAACAGAAAGCCGCGGCUGCCAUGUUGGCUCAACAGAUGCAGUUCAUGCUACCCGGAGCGCAGCUGCAGCCCAUUACAACCUUUCCAGUGACACCUUCCCUGGCCACAGGUCCCAGCAUGGCAUUCAGUCCUUAUCUGAGCCACAUGGGCCCAGCCAUGGGCCUGAUGCCUGAGCUGCUGCCCAGCACUCCCCUUCUUGUCCCUGGGAGUCCCACCAGUCUGACAGCAAUGGGCAAUGGAUCCUCGGCACAAAAGCACGCUCGCACAGACAAGCUUGAGGUUUGCAGAGAAUUCCAGCGAGGUAACUGCACACGGGGUGAGAGCGACUGCCGCUAUGCUCACCCUCUGGAGGCCGGCAUGGUGGACUGCAGCGAAAACUCCGUCAUUGUUUGCAUGGACUACAUAAAGGGCCGCUGCAGCCGGGACAAGUGCAAGUACUUUCACCCACCGGCUCACCUGCAGGCCAGGAUCAAGGCUUCACAGCACCAAGCCAGUCAAAACACAGCGCCUGCACCCUUGGCUUUAGCUCCAGGCGCCGUACAUUCGCUGCCAAAGAGGCCGAUCUUAGAGAAGAGCAAUGGAGCUGCUGCAGUCUUCAACCCUAGCAUGUUCCACUACCAGCAAGCCCUGGCUAACAUGCAGCUCCAGCAACCAGCCUUCAUCCCCACUGUUCCCAUGAUGCACGGUGCCACCUCCACUGUUUCGUCGGCCUCGACCCCCGUCACCAAUGUUCCUUUCGCUGAAUCCGCCGCCUCGAAUCAGACUCCUCAGAGCUUCUGACCUCUGAACCAGUGGAGCUGCACUGCGUUCCCAUGGAAAACCAUUUCUGCCCUGUCCCCAAACUGCUGGUGGCGGCCCCAGUGGGAAUAAACUCAGUAAGCCUUUCACGAAACCCCAGUUAGAGUCCCUGAAAACCUGCAGCUCUCCAGCAAACAUGUGCCUCACCCACAGUGCACACUGAAUGAGUUUCAGUGUGAAACUUCUUAUACAAUGUUUCUAAAAUAAAAAAAAGCUGCAAUGGUUCACGCAAUACAAGCCUGAACUCAAUAACGCUGCUUUACUGCAGCCAUAACGAUGCAUACUGACGCAAUGAGCAAUAGAGCUCCCUCGUUCUGACAGCCAUACACAACCACACUUUAAACGUGUGCACACAAACACACGCACACGUUCAAGACUAAAUGCCCUUUAUGGGUUGCAGCCAUUACCUGGGGCAGCCCAACACACCUGACUGAUCCAAAGUAAGAUAAGUUCAUUCUGGAUAUUCAGAACAUUGGAGCUACAAAUGGACCUGCGGCUGGUCUACAACCAUGACUUGUUUUAAAAAUGGAAGAAUGUUUCAUAACAUGACAUUUAGGUUUGAGGAUGUCGAAAAACUUACUAUGUGUUGUACCAUGUGUUGUAUGUCAUUCAGUUUAUUUCAUCUGACACCUAUUGAAAUGUCAGAAAGAAGCUGUUGAUGAUUUGUUUGUGCCUUUGAGUUUUCUGCUGAGCAGCGGAGAAGACCUGGUUUCUAAAAACUAUUUAAAAACAGCAAAGAUUAAGAGAUGUCCAUAUUUAAAAUUAAAGGCAAUAUCAAUUGUUGCAUAUCAGCUGGAGGAUUCUAAUGGAGGAAGAUUUUAUUGAACAAUAUUGGUGUUCACGGAUCGGUUCCAGGAAUUGUAUGAUUUAAAUUAGAUUUUUUCCUAGUUUUAAUUGUAAUUAUCUGGAUUCAAGCAGCACGUGAGCCAUUACUUAAAUAUGAAGCAUUACAGAAAUAUAUCAAAUUAGGAUGUAUUCAAUUUAAGUUUAAGAGCCAGAUAGGAGGGUUUUUAUACCCCUUUACACCCACUUUUUGUUUGCUGUAUAUCCUGUACCAAUGCUACCACCUUGGGUAUCACAUCUAUUCCCACUUAAUCUGCAAAAUUUCCCUACAUUUUCCAUUCUUGGCACAAAAUUAAGAACAUUUGUCUGUUGUUGAUGUUUAUUUUACCAAUGCUUGUUGGCUAUAAACUAUAUACCAUGGGAAAGCCUGUUUAUUCCUAAUAAAUGCAGCCACAUUUGUAAGGAAAAGUGUUUAGUGUGUUGGUUGUGCUUAUGAAAAUCUUAUCUGCCAAUAAGACAACUUAUUCUGCUUCUUACUCUUGUUUAAUGUUAUUUAUUGGACUGGGUGAUUGAAAUUUGAAGAAACAAUACACAUUGGCAAUUUAAUACAUUUUUUAACAGGGGCCUCAGUAAUAAGUGAAAGAACCACAGCAGCCUGGUAUCUCCUCCCCAUGCUGAUCACCAGCUUGGUCACACACUGCUGUGGGAGGCCAUCCCAUUCCUCAACCAUCAUUUGCUGCAAGUCAGCCAAUGUGGCUGGAGAUACGGGAUUGUCUUUGUUUCCAGAAUCACCUCUGGAUAUCCGUCUACAUCUAGAUUUUUCUCCAUUGAUGACGAGCCUUGUUUUUCCGAUGAGGAAGCUGUUUGGCAAUGGCAGAGGAGAUUUUUCAUACAAAUGUGAUGUCAUUUAAAGGAUAAUCAAGUUUUUUUAACAGUAAGACUGACUCCAACAGUGAAAUAACUGACCAAACACAAAUUAAUAGGAAGUUGAUUCGUCAAGCCAAGAAAACAAACCCACUCCUCCAGCUAACCCUGACCUCAGACUACAAAUUUGUUGAAUGCAGUAUGGAGCAAUGGUGUCCAAUCUUUUUGCCACAAGGACCAAAAUUGUAACAAUUAUUUUAGUAGAAAAGUGAUCUUUAAAUCAUUGUAGAUCUGAGACAUUAAAAUGUCUCUGAUAAAUUUUUGUUUUUUUUAUUUGCUUGGUUCAGAAAAAGAUUACUCUAUUCUGACUGGCAAGAAGAGCUUCUUUACAUUGAAAAGGCUUGCUGUAUUUAUUCAAGGUUAAACAAUAGGUCCAGCUAGGUCUACGUUUGAGUAAAAUGUGCCGGAUGCUUCUGGUCCUACUAAUUAGGAAAUUAAAAUGAAAGCCAAAAAUGCAAUUAAUAAAUGACAAAUCCUUAGUGAUAUGCCUAACAGCAAAAAUCUCUCUCAAAAUGUUAAAAGGUGUCCAUCUGUAUCAGCUAGCUGUGCUGGCAGCCAAAUUUGUCAGUCAGUCAUCUUUUAUACCGCUUCUUCCAUAGUGGGUUGCGGUGAAGCUGGUGCAUAUCUCCAGCAGUCUAUGGGAGGGAGGCGGGGUACACCCUGGACAGGUCACCAGUCCAUCGCAG